UUAUUGAAUAUAUAAAUGUAGAUAAAGAAAUUUCUUUCCUCUCAAACAAUUUAAAAUUUUAGAUGAUGUGAUUUAAGACUAUAUUACAACAAUCUAUAGUUUUUGAGGUUCAAGUCUUAGUUCCACCCAAUUAAGGAAAUUUAAUAUGUCAGGCCACGAGUAAAAAUUAAAUCAUUCAUCCACAUGAGAAGACAUGUUGAAAAUAUAAAUAUAAAGAAAAAAUAUUCACUUUUUCUAUAACAAGCUUUCAUAUCAGGUGAUUUAACAUAUACGUGAUUUCUCUGAUCAAAGCUUCUUAUAAAGAAUGCCAUUUCCAUUUUUGUUUCUUUCCAUUUUACAAGUUUUUUUGUUGAAUAAUGAUAUUAUUGCCAAAAGCUUUUUAAUUUUUUAUUCCAAUUUUUAUCCUGCAUUUCAAUUUCAAUGAAAUGCUAACUUGUUGCAUAGUAACUUAAAAGCAGAAAGUGCAAGAGCUGCAACCUUACUCUGCUAUCUCGUACUGGUGUGGGCUGCAAAGUUACAAGAAAAUUAGCUUCAUCAAAUAAUUCAUGGAAGAGAAGUCCAAAAACCUUGGGUUUCUUAGUUUUGACUUCUCCAUCACAUAGUCAUUUGAAAUUUAUGUUGAUGCUGGGAUUUUUAACUCUGCAACGCACUCAACAAGCAAUUGCAGGUUCAGAGAUUGGUAGCGGAUUGCAAUCUAUUCCAUAUUUAGGGAAUCUCGGGGACAUUAGCACAGGUUUUGCUUCAGCAUUCUUGCUGAUACUUUUUUCCGAACUUGGGGACAAAACCUUCUGUAGUACCCAGUAUUACGAACCCUUUAGUGAUCAAGCACUUUUAGCUGCUAGGAACUCGUCUGCUGUUACCUUCCUUGGGACUUUUGGAGCUCUUGCAUUAAGCUUCUACGUGAAGUGGUUCAAUGCAGAUUCCUUCUGUUUGCAGAAUAAUUUUAUUUUGGCUUCUUGUAUCAUGAGCAGGGUAAUGACAAUCAUAUCUGUUGUUCUUGGACGAACUUUUCACUUUGUUGACGCUAUCCUCCCAUUCAAAGAACUCAUCUCUUCUUGCAUUGCUGCAACCCAUUCAGCAGAGUCUUUAGAGGAUGGUUCUAUUCAUUCUCUCCGUUACACCAUUUUGUUGAGGAGUAUAGGUGACAGUCCUGUGUCUAAGUAUGCCAUUUAUGCUGCAAUACUGAUUAAAUUCAGUAUUGUAGAACUCCAACCCAUUGAAGAUCCAAACUUUUCUGGAAUAGUCAUGAACGGUAAGGAGGUAAUAUCUAUAUCCAGAUGCAGUAGACACAAGUCCAGGCCCCCCAUAAAUCACUAUGAAUGUAUUCAAGCACUUUUAGCUGCUAGGAACUCGUCUGCUGUUACCUUCCUUGGGACUUUUGGAGCUCUUGCGGUAAUGACAAUCAUAUCUGUUGUUCUUGGACUAACUUUUCACUUUGUUGACGCUAUCCUCCCAUUCAAGUUUGGUGAUUCUGAUUUGCCCAUUGAUGAUCUUGCUGCAGUUUGUCUUCUGUUAUAUUUUGGUAUUUCAUCCUUACUUGAAGCCUCCUCCAGUGAUGGCCUAAAAGCAGAAGAAGAACGAAAGGAGGCUGAGCUGGCAGUUUCAGAACUUUCUGGAUCUGGGGCUGGUAUUUUGUCUGCUGCAAAAGUCUUCAGCACUUUCUUGCUAGUUUUUGUUGCUGAAUGGGGUGACAAAUCAUUUUUCUCCACAAUUGCACUUGCUGCGGCCUCAUCGCCUCUUGGGGUCAUUGCAGGGGCAUUAGUUGGCCAUGGAGCUGCAACAUUGCUCGCUGUUCUAGGAGGUUCUUUUCUGGGGACAUAUUUAUCCGAGAAGGUUAUUGCUUACAUUGGUGGCUCUCUCUUCCUCGUUUUUGCUGCAGUUACAUUGAUCGAGAUAAUUACUUAG